AUGACCGAAACGACGAAGGCUGGUAUCUCAACGUCUAAUCGUCCAGCCUCCACAAGUCUUUCCCCCUCGGCGCCCCAAGACCCCACUUCCAGGGAUCCUCGACUUGCAAUCCGUCGAAAUCGGCCAGUGGUUGACACAACUGCUAGCUCAAAUGCGCCGCAUCGCGCAGUCCAAGAUCUCAUUGACACAGCUGCUUCUUCUCCAAAUCCUGAAUUCCACAAUGCCCUUGUCCCUGACCCUCAACCGGGGCCUGUCGAAAGGUCGAGUGCCUCGGCCGACGCCUUUAUUCGAAGCACAUCAGAUAUGGUCCAACUCGCGAUCAGAUUGAACCGAAUUAAAACAGACAGAGAUAAUGUGACGAAGGAACUCGCCUCUACCGAGAGGCACCUGCAGGUGGCGCUGAGCAGCUCAAAUUUUCCGGCAACCAUCAAAUACUACCAGCAAAACAAAGACGUGCAUCUUUCCGAGUUGGCACGGAUUGACGGGGAACUCAACGAGCAACAGUUUCUAUAUCGGCGACUGGAAGAGAACCUCAUAACCAAAUGGACGCAAGCAAAUGCUCCCUCCGCGAGUGAUGCGAGACUAGCAAAGCUAGAGUCUGAGAUUGAGCAACUCAAGGCUGCUCCGACGCGGCAAUUAAGCUCUAGCGACAUCAAGGUCACUCGGGAUGACUUUCAGGAGUGGGUCGAUCGUUUUGAGCGAUCGUUGGAUGAACAAAACAGCCGUCUCAUGCGCGCAAAAGUCAAUCUGUUAAACGUGCCAAAGGUCGAAGGGAAAAUCGCAGCACUGGAAGGGCAAAUUAAAGGCCUGGAAUCUACGAUUCAUGAAGUUCAGGCCCGUCAAGAACCAAUUGAAACUGGUUCAACACACACAAAUAGUGAAGUCGACCCUGCCGUCAUGGGGGUGAUAGAGGACAAGAUGUCGGGCUUUGCUCGCCAGCUGGAAGAGCUCAAGACCAACCCUCCUCCCGGUGCCUUAUCCUCGUCAUGGGCCUCAGAACAUGUUACUCAACAGUUUUUCCCUUUGAGAACCCGGGUCAGGGAGGUGGAAGAGAAGCUCGAUUCUCAAGCAAUUCAACUUUCCAAAGUCACAAAGAAUCCCCAAGAGCUUGAUAUGGGGAAGUUGGAGGGCAUGGUCUCGCGCAAGCUAGACGAGCAAGUCUUCCGGAUGGAGGGCUUGCGUGGCCAAAUCAAAGCCGAGGCUUUGGACUAUCGCCAUCGUAUAGACCGGCUUGAAAAUAAACCUGCGGUCAAUCCAGCAGACUUUGGGGAGGUGAAUCAGAAGGUUCAGGGUCUGAGCACAGCCAUGAAACGUUUCUCCGGUGAACUACACACGCUUCGAGACGCCCACUAUAUGCCGUUCUUUCGAUAUGUUCAGGAACAAGUGGUGCCAAAAGUUAAAAAAUUCACCGAUCUUGAGCUGACUGUGUCGGACUCCAGGGACACUCUUGAAACAUUGUACAAUAGCACUCGGUCCUUGGAACUGCGGUACAACAAUCUCACCACUGAGAACGUUGUCAAAAAUAUGCUUCACGGCAUGGAGGAGCUGUACCCUUCUAUGGGCGAGGUGCGGGAGCAGGUGGAAGCUCUGAGGAAGUCUUUCGUUGAGGAGAUUCCUGCGCUCAAGGAAGUCAAGAAAACGGUAGAUCAGCUGCAACCAGAAGCAUUCAACACUCGACUGGAAUCCCUGGAGCAGCUCCCGGUCCAACUGAGCCAGCUCUCAAAUCAGGUCGCCGAGGUCACACAAGGGAAACUAAAGGAGCGCACUCGGGCGCUUCAGGAGAUCAACAACCUUCAAAAUCAACAUGAGUCCCUUGUGGGCGCUCUUGCCGAGCUCGACGAAAAGACGACCAAGACGGAAGCAGAUCUGCAUGACCAGACCAACUCUAUCGGUACGGCUUUCGAAACUCUCAAGGCUGAUGUCGAGGCUACACGGAAACAAGUUGAGGCAUUGGAACAGCCAAGGUCAGAGAUUACAGACCUUGUGGGCAAGGUUGAUGACCUGCAAAAGAGCACUAGCGACCUUGGAAACGACAUCCAGAAUGUUUCCGGCCUUCUGAAUCGCACAAAGGAGCGUCUGGAUUUGUUGCCAUACGUGGAGAUCUCUUAUGUUGAACGAGAAUUCGCAAAGAUCAAGACCGCCCUAAAGGAUCUUAACAACAAAAUCAAGGCGUCUGUGCCCGCUCAGAGUAACGUGCCCCGAAAAGUAUCGCCUCAGCGUCCGCCCAAAAAAUUACUUGUGUCCAGUCAAGCUUCCGAGAACAACGGCCGUCACGUCUCCCAAGAAGCAACGAGUUCGAGCAACGUCGCUACGAUGUCCGAGAGCAGCCCAGCGGAGGCUUUGAAACAAAAGAAGAAAAAGAAGAACAAGAAUAAGCGCCCUGGAGAGCCCAUCGAGGACGAGCAGGAUUCUGCCCCAUCUUCUCAAAUCAACAACCCAUCCCCGGCCCAGUCGUCUUCUAUGGAAGAGUCAAUGUCGCAGAAACAGAAGAAGAACAGCAAAAAGCGACGUAAGCUUGAGGGUAUCAGCCAGAGCUAG